UUAUUGUUAGCUUGUUAGCUAGCAGCUGAACUCGUGAAAUGGAGAUAUGACAGAGUAAUAACGUCUUAUUACACGUGCACGAUUAAGUUAUUACGAACGUGAACUGAUGGAGGACGGAAACAGGAGUGAUGCAGCCUCCACAUCCAAAAGCCACGCAGGUUCACUCCACCUGCAGUCUCCAAAAAAUGAGGAUGCAUAUGAAAUUUCCAUCCCCUAUGAGGAAACUAACUUUGAACAGCAAGGAUUUUUCAACCAAAGUGAUCAGAAUUUUGAUGAACCGCCUUCAACUGCUGGUCCAUCACCCGUUAACAACUCGUACAUGGUGAUAACCAACCUGCGGACCCAGCUUCAGAUCUCUCUGGAGAAAAACUCUUGGCUGCAGAAAAGAAUCGAGGACUUAGAGGAGGAGAGGGAUUUUCUCCGAUGCCAGCUGGACCGCUUCAUCUUUUCCACGAAGAGCCAGGGACAGGAGCAGAGUCAGAGCCAAUACAGUAAUGGGUACGAAUCAAGGCGAUUCAACUGGAGAGCAAGACGAGAGGAAGAUCAUCCUGCCGAACAGCAAAAGACAGACUCGCAGCGUUUUUCUCCACGGCAGUUUGUCCAGCGAAGGCCUGGUCCUCCCACCAUGGUUUCAUCCAAAAGAGGAGUCUCCAGUCCGUUAACCUCUCAGCUCGCCUCUAUGAAUGCUUUGUUCAACUCCACACAAUCACAGUCCCUUUUGCAAGCCCAUAGCCACGGCCCUCCCAGUACAACCACCAGUGGCAGCAGUGGGAAUGCUGGCGUGGCCGCACGACCAACCAUUAAUGAAAUGAGUGGACCAGAUUCCCUGUCACUUCUGGGAGAAUCCGAUGAGUACUUGGAGCACAAUGGCUUCAUCGAGGAGGAAAUGUUGUCAGGGGAAGAUGUGAUGUCAGAUGCAAUGAGCAACAACAGGCAGCAGUUAAAGAGAAGGCGAGUCUUCCGAGCUCCCAGAGAGCGGCAGAGAGUGAAAGAUGCUGCCGGAGUUCUUUUCCGCUACAAGAAGAUCCUGCUCACGUAUCAGCGACUGAAAAACAUGUCCAAGGCCUUCCAAAUCCACGGUGUUGACCGAAACACGGUGGCUUCGACCACGCCCAUCGCCGAGCUGCUGCUGGUGGCCCCAGAGAAAGUGGCUGAGGUGGGAGAGUUUGACCCAUCCAAGGAAAAGCUUCUGGACUAUGCCCGGCGCUGCUAUAUAGCUCUGGAUGAAGAGACUCUCAACAGAGUGCAGGCAUUAAAGAAGAACAACCUCCUCCUGCCCAUCUCCUACAGGUUCAGACACUGAGGACAGAAACGCUGCACUUGGGGAAGUGUCUCUGCAGCCACUCGGGUCCCAAAGUGUUGUAGCGAUAUUCCCAGAUCCCCGAAGGCUUGGUUGUGUUUACCCAGCCCUGUUUGCAGUAGGCACGUCAACACAAGAAGGAGCCUCGUCUGCUAUUCUCAACAUGUUAGAAAAACAUUUCCACAGCGUUAACUCUGCAUCACAUGCUGCGUCCCGCUCACUCUGGACAGCCCGAGGCCUCUCCUGGUCGGAAAGUGUGAGCCAAACUGUCCGCACAUUGUCCUGAACCCCUCCAGUGAUGUGUGUGAAAAUGUUUUAGGAAACAGUUUAGUGGAGGUCAGUGACAAGAGGACAAUCAGUUGGGUUCCUCUGCAGCUGACCAGCUCUCUGCAGAUGACCAUGAAAACUGUCUGAGACACUUUUCUGUGUAGAUGAACUCUUAUUCCCUCACUACUACUUCAGAACUAUUCAGAUGCGCGACUUUAUAUGACAAAUCUUCACUUUAGUGAGGAUUUUGGUGUCUCUGUGCUUAGUGUAAAGACAAAUCUGUGGGAUUCAGAAUGGGUGAAUGUGUCUUUGCCCCAAGGAUCAUUUAUGUUCUUUCUUUAUUUAGCAGAUAUGCAGUUUAUUAUUUUAUACUCUACAUUUGGAUCAGCUUGAGGCCAGAGGAUCACUGACUGAGGGUUUCAUAUCUUAAUAUUAUUAUUAUUGGUAUAGUUUCGGAAAGCCUAACUAAUCAGAUUUGCCUUUUUAAUAACUUUUUGAAUGCAUUUGGGCACAAUCUUGCGGUCUAUAAACUUUGAAUCAGUCUUUUUGUUUUAUAUUGUUCUCAAAUAAUGUUAUACUAAUAAGACAUUUCAUUGUGUUAAAUUUCUCAAAGUGUUCUUUUCUGACGUUACAUUUGUCAAUAUUUUAACUUCCUUUAAUGUCAUAUUUUAAAGUUCCCUCCAUAACAAGAAAUGCAUUUCCCUGUUUUUUCACACCGUUUCUUCAGGUUCUAAGGUGAGAAGAGCUCAUAAAAGAAAUGGAUACAAUAACUAACUGACUUUUGUAAAGAAAAGUCAGACACUGAGAGGUACAGAUGCUUCAACUUCACGUUUUUUUUUGUCAUAAAACGAAUUCAAACACAAAGAUGUUAGUGACAUUUUAAUGUUUGGAUUUAAUAACCAUAUGGUCCAGCUAAGGGUUGCACCCAUCAUGUUUGUACAUUUCUCACCUAAAUUAUUGUAAGUGUUGCCUUUUAAUCUUCUCACAUCAAGAAUCUUGUAAAGCAAAGCGACUUCAAGUUGUAUUAAAAAUGUUUCUGAGCAUUUACACUACUUCUAUACUGUUAUACUAUUUGUAAGGUUGUGCAACUUUCAGUUCCUUGUAAAUGUCGUGCCUAUCAUGCAAAUAUUUUAACAGAUCAGAAAAAGCUGUUGGUGGAUCUGUUGUAACACACCCGUGCUCCACUCCACAAGCAUGUGAAAAGAGCCGUGGUGAUCUGCCGCCUGCAAGAAACUUGUUAAAUGAUGUGGCUUUCAAAGAUGCAGACAACAUUGUACCGUCAAGUGUGGUGUGUGUAUCCGUGAGGAGAAAACUUCAGAUUUCUUAGAAUAAAUCAAACCCAGCUGCAGAGGAACAAUGCAUUUAUUAGCUUUAGUUUUAAAAGCAGUUGCAAUGCAGGCUUAAAAUGAUCACCAGAUCGAAGUGCUCACAGAAACAUGACUGAAAAUUUUCUGAAAGUAUUAAUGACGUAUCAUCAAAGCAUUUUUAGUCAUACAAAAAUGAAAUUUCUUUCUGUAAUGUGUAAAAUCCAACGGCGCUCUUUGCUGAAAAAGUGUUUUCAUGAGAAGUACUGUUAAGACAAGUGCAAUAAAAUGCUCGAUUUCCUACAAAUAAAGCUGAUCUUUUAUGCUGUUUGGUCUUCGGGAUGUUUGAUAUGAUCAAA